GGCAGUUUCCGGCGCCGGAGGGCGGCGCUCGGCGUGGGCUCCGUGAGGGCGAAGCGGGGCAUGGCGGUGCCCGGCGGCGGCGGCGGCGGGGGCUCGGCCCUGACGGUGACCGUCACCUACGGUAGUGAAAAACACAGCCUUCAGGUUGCUUCUCAAGAAGAAGGCAGUCAGCCAACAGUACGUGAUAUGGCUCUCUUAAUUGAACAAGUAACUGGAGUUCCAAUUUCUUUUCAGAAACUGAUAUAUAAAGGAAAAUCCCUGAAAGAAAUGGAACAGCCUUUGGCAACAUUUGGAGUUAAAAACGGUUGUAAAGUCAUGCUGAUUGGAAAAAGGAAUAGUCCAGAAGAAGAGACUGAAUUAAAGAAAUUGAAAGAUUUGGAGAAAUCUGUGGAACAAAUAGCAAAAAAAAUAGAAGAUGUUAAUAAAGAGCUUGGAGGUAUUCAAAAAGGAUUUCUAGCAAAGAAUCUUCAAACUGAAGCUCUUAACCAGUUGGACAAGCGGAUCAAGGGAACUGCUGAACAGUUUAUGAAGAUUCUGGAACAAAUUGAUGCCAUUACUCUCCCAGAAAACUUCAGUGACUGUAAACAGAAAAAGAAGGGGCUAGUGAAAAAAGUUCAGGGUUUCCUUGCACAGUGUGAUACAGUGGAAGGCAGUAUUGGUCAAGAAAUUGAUAAACUGCAGUUGAAGAACAUGGCCCUGGCAGAAUGAGGCAUUAUUUUAAGUAACUAGGAGAAAUAAUUGCUCUGUGAGCAAGAAGAAGAGUUUGCUCUUGAUUUUGGAGCACCUGUUUAGUAUUCAAAAUUUUAUUUUAAGCAGAGUCCAGUAAUCCUGUUGCAUGUUGACCAUUGCUUACUGGUUGUCACGUGUUCUGCUUAGAUGUAAAGCUCUUCUUUCCAAAAAAUAAUACAACACAUUCUGCUGUUUUUCUUGACUAUAUUUCAAAACAUGCCUUUGUAUGAUCAUAUUUGUUUCAGCUAAACUACUUGUUGCUUUCCUUCAUUAAUCGUUCAGAGCAACUACUGUAACUAUGAUGCUGUUAAGUAAAAUUGUAUGUGUUCUCAGAUGUAGGAAAGAUUUAACCACCUGAGGUUUUAUCUGUCUUACUUUCAGGAUGCCUAAAUUUGAAUGUACUGUAAGAUGUAUUGUGCUUUUAACUAGUGGCUGAACAUCGAUAAGGUCCUUGAUGGUCAUUUUUACAUAUUUGUGAUAUAUUGUGUAUAUGUUCUGUGUUCUCUUUGGGUAGUGGAGGACAUUCUGGAGCAGGAAAUUCCCAUCAGACUUCCUGUCUCCUACGGUGGGGUUAGUCACAUGAAUGAUGAAUGUGGCACAACAGCCUCACAAGAGUUUGGCCUACGCCAGCUACUUGGUUAGCCGCAUGCUUCUGUUGUGAAGCCUGCUGAGCAAAACAUUGAUUCCCCUGUGCAGCAGCUCCCACCCCACCUAUCCCAGAGUCUCUCCUCCAUACAGCUAGCAAAGGCAUGGAAAUUCACCAAAACCAAAUCCUGAGGAGAAUUAUGGGUCCUGUAGUGCCUAGGUGCUUCACUUGCCUAGGCUGGUGAGGAUAAUGUGUACAGUUUUACACAUAGCUACCCUUAGGAAGUCUCAGCAACAUGCAGACAAGCAGCUUGGCAUGUGUGCCUGGUCAGUGCGGGGAGGAAGCAACAUAAGCAGCAACUGCUCAGGAUGACCCCCUCCGCUCUCUGAUGGUAUCCAUUGGAAAGGUUGUGGUGUGGGGGGUCCAUUCUAAUGCCCUCCAGCUGCUGGGCACCACAGGGGUCCACACCUUGACCACAAAGUGCACAACCCUGCAAAAAUUCAGUUAGAUUGCUGGUGAUUGCUUUCCUGCUGCAUUAAGAUGACAGGCGGUGCUUUUCUCAAGAUUGCAUGCUGCUGAAUCAGGCUAAGCUAAGCAGCAGCAGUGGGCUGAGAACAUUGGUGUAAGCAAAAAGUGGCAAGCUGUCUCACCUGCUUCUCAUCCACCCCUCUGUAAGGAGAAGAGGAAGCCCUUUCCAUAGUGUAAACUGGUGUUAGAACCUAUUACAAGCAAGGAGGAGGGAGAGCUCUCUGGGAAGAAGCCCAGAGAACCAGAGUCUACGUCUACCUCUUUAUUUGCCCCAGAGAAUUUCCAAGCCCUGUUGCUCAAAGCAGUUAUGAAGCCUAGAGGCAGCAAGUAGAUGUUUGCAAGCGAGGGGAAGCCUGUAAAGGAAUUUAUAAUCCUAGCUGGAACUCUGUGAAUCUCAAAUGAAAGGGAGAGGAGUGGGAUUCCCCCACCCCUUUUAGCAAAUCAACUCAGGAAUGAUCAUGUUAUACUACCUACCCAAGAACUGUCCGGAGACCUUUCCUUCCAAGAAAGGAAAGGGGUUGCAAGGGACUGAACAAAUGAAUUUGCCCUCUGCAGAUUCCAUGAGGCUUCUGCCAUCUGUAAUGUCCUCAGCGGCUUACUCUUCUUUUCACCAAGGCCUUAAAUGUGGACGCACGAGUUCUUUCAGUUCACCACCAGAGCAAUGGACUGAGUUGUCUUACUCAGAUGCAAGUUUCAGCUCAGAAAGUUGGUCAGUAGUCCAGGCUUCAACUAAAUUCAAAGUAGCCCCCUGCCACCCUUGCUGCCACUUGAGGAAAAUCUUAAAGAUAUAAAAACAAAAGAUUAAAGGUUGUGCCUUCUACAGUACUUCAGUCUUACAACAUCUUACUCAAAUUAAAGUGUAUCGGAGACACUCAUGGCCAAAGGGGGUGGCAUUAGCAGCAGCAGUGUUCUCCAGUCACAAAGUGUUGGUCAGACUCUUGGGGUCGGGGGCAAUAGCAAAUGGCAGGCUGUCACCAAAGGGAAAAGGAUGUUGACAAAAUUCUAUCUGGUAUAAGACUAGCAUAUUCCAGAGACUAUCGGGUAAGGAAAUGGUAAACAACAUAUGUGCUUGAUUUCCCCUCCCUUCCCCCUGGUUUGCUGGAGCUUCCUUCUCUCAGGAAAGUAUACCUGCUGCUAGCUGUUAUCUCAUUUCAUGAACAUCAGGGUGAUAGACCAGUACCAUCCAAAGAGAACUUCUUUGGCAUUUUAUAUAUUUUACAAUGCGAAAAAAUAUGGAAACUGGAGAGCCAUUCUGGAUCUCAAAACUCUUGAAUAAACAUCUAAAUUGUAA